AUGAUGGCAGUUUCACUUUCAGGGGCUGUAAUAAGAAAUAUAUUAUUAUACCGCACAUGCGUACAUUCUUUAAAUCAUAGUAAAAAUGACUGCAAAGGGUUCCUUUCGCCAACAAAGGCCAACAAUACCCAGCAAUUUGAGGUAGAAGUACAAAAGUAUGAAGCCUUUGUAUCUAUGGCAAAAUUGAUUAUUGAAUCUCUAGCACCAGCAGUCCUUUCAUUAUUUCUUGGUGUGUGGUCAGAUACUCAUGGAAGAAAACCAUUAGUGGUUUGGCCCCUUCUUGGUAUGUCAGUUAGUGGAGCAUUAGUCGUUGUCUACAGUAUGUUGGAUGGCCUUGGGCCAUGGUGGCUUAUUCUAACUGUUAUACCGAUGUCGUUUACGGGUGGCUACACUUCACUAUUCACAGGCGCAUUUUGCUAUCUGAGCGAUAUUACCACUGUAGAAAACAGGUCAUUUAGGAUGACUAUAUUAGAAGCUGCUGUGUCAAUCGGUAGUGUUAUUGGGUCUAUGGCAAGUUCAUAUGUACUGAGGGCUGUCGGGAAUGUAUACCUGUUACUUAUAACUGUGACACUACAAGUUACUGCUUACGCCUUUAGCAAUGUGUUCCUAAAGGAGUCGCUGCCCGGAGCAGUCAAGGGCAGCCUCUCGUCCGUGUUAGACAUUUCGUUAAUAAAGGAGAUGGUGAAGAAAUGUUUCCAAAGAAGGCCGAACCACGGGCGCGCCCAGAUUCUCCUCUUGACGUUCGCGAACAGCCUGUCGAUAUUUAUUCUGUACGGCAUGAUGAACUUGGAAUACGAUUACACCAGGACAAAACUCCACUGGGCCAUACAGCAGUACACCACCUUCUCGGCAGUGAGCACGACCAUCUCAUUUGUCGGUUCAUUGAUUGGUGUGAUUUUGGUGCAGAAAUUGCUGCGUGUCAGUGAUCUGAUUUUCUCGUCUAUAGCGUUCUUGUCGGCCUCCGUCGAAUAUCUAAUAAGGACGUUCGCUGUUGCUACUUGGUAUAUGUACUUAGGCGCCGGAGUCUCCUUGUUUAAAGGUCUGUCUGCGCCGUUGAUCCGUUCCAUGUUAACUAAGAUGCUGCCAAUGGAGGACAUCGCGAAGGUGUUUGCACUCAUAUGCGCCAUCGAAGGCAUAUCCCCGCUCAUAUCACCGGCCAUAUACAGUUCGCUUUACACCACCACAAUCAAGUCCUUCCCUGGCGCCAUCUACUUGCUGAGCAGCGCAAUUACGGCACUCUGCGUUGUUCUGUUAGGGUUUGUGCAAUAUUUCAUUUGGAAAGGAAGAUCUCAAGGAAAUUUCCAACAAUUGGAGGAAGAAGACUCGUCGUCU